ACAGUAGAUACAACUUUUUAUUUUAUUAUUCUCAAUUUUCUCUCUCUCUAAAACUGCGACCAGCGAGAGAGAGAUAGCGAGAAAGAGAAAGAGAGAGAGAGUCUUGCAUAUUUCCUCUCUCUAAAACACCUCGGUCUCGUCACGAAUUAACCCCAAUGAAACCUUAGCUUCUUCACACAAGAUGGAGACGGAAAAAUUGGACCAGAAUGGGGAUUGUAGUAUGGACUUGUCUGAUGACCAGUUGCUCAAUACAGAAUCUUCUGAUGCAUGCGGCGUGUUUGAUGAACCAGAGUUGGUUCCUCGUGUUGGCGAUGAAUUCCAGAUUGAAAUUCCAGCCCUUGUCACAGGACCUGAGUAUUAUUACUAUUUGAAGUCCCCAGUUGAUGCUGAAAACAGGGGUCAUGUUCCCUCUGAUUUUGGGCUGGGAUUGUCAGUACCAGUCACGUGGAACAAGAAUGUUAACAAGGUUAUGAAAAAGGGAGAGCAGGACUUUUCUGGUCAUUCAACUGAAAGUGUUGAAGAGACAGUAGACGGAUACCAAGGGUCAAGCAAUUUUUUGGUUCCUGGGGUUUGUGCCGACGUAUGGAAUGAUAUCGAAGAGGAGAGCUUUCUCCUAGGUUUGUACAUCUUCGGGAAGGAGUUUUCCCAGUUGAAGAGGUUUGUUGGAAGCAAGAAGAUGGAAGAUAUACUUUUCUUAUAUUAUGGGAAGUUUUAUCGGUCUGUUCAGUUUACUAGAUGGACAAAAAUCACAAAACGCCGCAAAGUGAAAACCAAAAAGUGUGCAUAUGGCCAACGGAUGUUUAGUGGUUUGGGGCUACGGGAACUGCUAUCUAGGAUUCUUCCCCAUGUGUCAGACGAGCGCAAGAAAGAGCUGAAAGAGGUCUCUACAAAAUUUGCAGAGGUGUGUGUAUCAUUAGAAGACUAUGUAUCCACCUUGAAGGAUAUAGUUGGCUUAAAAACUUUUAUUGAGGCAGUUGCUAUAGGCAAAGGAAAGAAAGAUCUCACAAGCAUGGCCAAUGGCCUUCCCCGCCCAAAAGUACCAGUCAAUAAACCAUACUCUUCUCUCACGCAUUCUGAGAUUGUCAACAUCCUAACAGGUGGUGAUCGCUUAAGCAAAGCUAAAUCUAACAAUCUCUUUUGGGAAGCUGUCUGGCCGCGUUUGUUGGAAAGAGGGUGGCACUCCGAACAGCCAAAGAACCAAGCUUAUGUUCCAGGUGCAAAUAAUUCCCUUGUCUUUCUUACGCCCGGUGUUAAGAAGUUCUCAAAAAGCAGGUUAAAACGAGGAAACCAUUAUUAUGAUUCUGUUACUGAUAUUCUAAGUAAAGUUGGUUCGGAACCAGAGCUUCUUAAGCUUGACACUGAAAAAGAUGAAGGGAAGAAAGAAGACGAAAACGGGUGGGUUGAGAUGAAUAAUGAAGAAGAAAAGCUGCCGGAAAAGCGUCACUGCUAUUUGCAGCCUCGGACUCCAAGUCGUGAUGUGAACAUCAUAAAAUACACUGUUGUUGAUACAAGCCUUGCUAAUGGGAAAUUUUAUAGAGAACUGAGUGCCUUGCCAAAGGAUGUGUUUAAAAUGGAUUCUUUAUCUGAGGAAAGUGAUAAUGGUACUUCUGAGGUCUCAACAAAUGAAUCAGACUGCGCAAAUACCAUGUUUGUGAAUCAGGAGACGAAGUCCACUAGAGGAGAUAAGAUUCUCUCUGAAAGAGGCGAGACUCUUAACAGUAGUUCUGACAAACCAGUUCAAAUCAGAGGUCCAUAUUCCUUAAAAGUAGAAGAAAAAGGCAAGCCUAAUAAGCUGUAUGGCGACAAGCAGACAAGGAAGCCAGUAAGGAGUCACUUGAGCCAAAAGUUAAAGCGAAAUGAUCUGGAUAACUUAGCUUCAACCACAAAACAGCUUAGGACGAUGCUUGCUUGUAGUAAUGAGGAGAUAGGUUCUGGCCGUAGUACUCUUCCAUUGGUUACAAAGUUAGAAGAAGAUGCACAUGGUUGCUGCACAGACAAUCAUGAUCCAAACGUCAAAGCUCUUGAAGUAGUAGGUUCUUCUCAAGAUAGGCUGUCAUUCACCAUAUCACCUAAAGGUAGCUCCCCUCAGAGUACUGAAGAUGCUCACAAUGAUGACUCUCAUGGUCCAGAAAAUCCUCAAUCCCGACCAUUAAUUGACUUAAACUUGCCUCAACAACCAGUAGAAUUUGAAGAUGGUAUUUUCAUGACAGAUUCGACAAUCAUGCAAAAUGAUAUUACAAGCAAGCAACGGGAUGAUCUCUGUGCAGCGAAAACCUCUGCAGAUAUUAGUCUUCCUGAGCAGCCAGUUAACAUAAACUCUCGGAGACAGAGUACUAGGAAUCGGCCACCAACUGCAAGAGCAUUGGAAGCUCUUGUAAACGGAUAUCUAACAGCAGCGACAAGGCGGAAGGAUUCACAUGAAGCCUCCAGAGCAAGGCCUCAUAAACGUAGCCGCAUCGAAGUUGCAGCAACAGAUGAUGUAACAACAAAUGAUGCUGUCAUGGUUGGAGAGAGUGGAAGUCAUACGAUUGAUGAUGGUAACGUCAACAUGAUUGACAAACUUCAGAUUCUGUCAAACGAAAGUGGUUCUCAUGUCUCGAACCCCUAAAUAUUCUUAUCAGAUAUGAAUUCACCAAGGGAGUUGGAACAGAUAGAGGAGAAAACUCCAUGUUCUUUGACAAUCAUGCAAGAUUAUGACAUUGGUGGUUGUUCCAAAUUAUGUAGGUAUUAGACAAAGCAGAAACUAUAGACAUAAAUUUUCUUUUCGUUACAGUUAAUACUCAUUAUAGACUUGUGUUCUUUGUUUAAGCAGUUUGCCGGAAGGAAUAAUAUAGCACAUUCAGCUGUAUAAUCUUCCAGGCUUAAUCUUUGUUUUAGAUAAAACAAUUGUCAUCUAUGGAAACCUUGGUUGCAUCGUUGU